AUGCCGUAUUCCAUCCCACCCACGGGAAUACUCGGGGUAAAGCUCGGGGAUCACAGGGGCCAGCUCUUUUUCCCUCAUGGCCGGCAUCCUGGUGGGACCCUGCUCGCUCUCCCACCUCCGACCCUGACCGUGCACCCCCAGUCUGGUUUCCCGCCAGCGGUGGAGUUGAGUUCUGGGAAGUCCGGAAAUGAACAUCUGCACAGAUGCUCUCAGUGCAAGAUUGCUAAAUACUGUGGUAAAUCAUGUCAGAAAGAAGCUUGGCUGGACCACAGGCAAGAAUGCAGGUGUCUUAAAAGCGUUGAGCCUAAUUUUCCACCGGACUCUGUCAGACUUGCUGGCAGGAUUGUUUUUAAACUGCUUAGACAAUCAGUGUGGCUUUCUGAGAGACUCUACUCUUUUUCCGAUCUUCAGUCAAAUACUGAACAGUUAUGUGAAGAAAUGAAAGAUGGCCUCAGGCACCUUGCGCAGACGUUGCAACUGUAUUUGAAAACAGAGAUCCAGGAUGCAUCUCACUUGCCACCUGCAAUUGACUUUUUUCAGAUCUUCGCAAAA